GUAGUACUCCGUGUAUGAUAUUAUCUCUGACCUGGUCUAAUUGCAACGGACGUUCUCAGGUCAUAGUAAUACUUGCUCUAGGUUGUUCCCUGGUAAUUCGGCUAGCCGUUACAGUCAACCACUUGGGAGAGAGUCUCUUGGGCGUGUGAUGCUUGCUUUCAGGAGGAGUUCGUUGGAUGGUUACUGCAACCGCGUCACUCACUCAGACGGAGAACUACCCAUGGAGAUGACAAGGCGGACAUGAGACAGGUUGGAACUCUGCCUUCCUAAAUCCUUGCCGUGUAGUUGAUGACCUUCUCAAGAAGGCGCCACGAAAGGGAUCUGCCAUAUGUGAUGUCCAAAGGUGAAUUCGCGUGGAGAGAUUUGCCCUGCAGAAAUGAAGCGGAUUGUAGUUGAGAGAUAAAUUUUUGUGUGCUUCAGCCAGAGUACCAGUCAAAAGGAUCGCCGGAGCCGGCCUGAUUCUCCCGGACAUGGCGAAGGCCACGAGGCGCCCUGUGUCUGUGAACAAGAAUGCGGUUGCCACGGCCGUGCUCUCGGCUGCCACGCCCCUCUUCUUGGGCUACGACCUGGCAAUGGUGAGCAGCACGGCCGUGCUCGCGGAGGCCGACCUGAAGCUCCUGGCGUGCACCGUCGUGCUCUCCUCCCUCAUGGGUGCACUGGCCGCCGUGGAGGCGCAGUGCCUCAUCGGCGACCGCCGGACCGUGCUCCUCUCCGCCGCGCUGCUCUGCGCGGGCGCGCUCGCCAGGGGCCUCGCCGCCGACCUCGCAGCGUUCACGUGCGGCAUCUUCGUCAACGGCGUGGGCAUGGGCCUGGCGCUCAUGAUCGUGCCAGCCUACGCCGUGGAGCUCAGCCCGUCCUCGCUGCGCGGCGCCCUCUCCUCCCACCCGGACGGCCUCGUGUACCUCGGCUGCAUCCUCGGCUCCAUCUACUACUCCACGGGCCUGCUGAGACUCCCGGCGCGCAUCGCCUGGCGAGUGACCGUGGCCUCCGGCACGGCCAUUCCGGCCUUGCUUGGCUGCGCCGUGCUUCUCAUGCCGGAGUCGCCUCGCUGGCUCGUGGCCAACGACCAGGUGGCCGAGGCCCGGCGCGUGCUCUCCAGGACGUCCGCCACGCUGGAGGAGGCCGAGCUCCGUCUGCUCGAGAUCAAAGCCGAGCUCGGCACGCUGCACGACGUCUGCGAAGAGACGGGGAAGACGUCGGGGACACGCAGCCGGUGGAAGGAGGAGCGCGCGAUAUGGCGGGAGCUGGCGGCGAGGCCGACGGAGCCGCUCCGCCGCGCCGUCGUCAGCGCGCUGGUCGCCAAGGUCUUCCAGCAGGCGUCCGGCAUCGGGUCCAUGUCCCAGUACGUGCAGCGCGCGUUCCGCGACGUCGGGGUCGCGUCGGGGCGGCAGAUGCCCAGAGCGCUCGUGGCGUUCGGGCUCGUCGUCGUGGGGUCUUUCUCCCUGUCGCUCGUUCUCGUGGAGCUCGGCUUGCUGCUGGUCACCGCGCUCGCGGGCGGCUGCACCAGGCGCGCGUCGUUGCACUCUCCGCUCCACCGCAGCGGCAUGAUGAUGACCCGGCGGCAGGAGCAGGUGAAGCGGUCGAGGAGCAUGUCCGCGACCAUGCUGUUCUCGCUGAUGGCGCUGGUGUGGAUCGCGCUCGGGCCGGCGCAGUGGGCGGACGCGUCGUCGUUGUCCAGCGGUGGCGGCUGCUGCCCGCGGUGGCUGAGGGCGGCGGCGGCCGCGGUGAACAGGACGGUCAGCGCCGCGAUCUUGUCGAGCUUCGCGUGGGUGUACGGUGCCACCUCCGUCACCGUGCAGGGGAGCUUGCUCGUUUGCUCCGCCGUCGGCGUGCUCGUGUGGUUGUCCUUCUGUGCGUGCCUACUCGGCGCGAAGAGGAGAAGGUGAUCGUGAUCGUGUCAGGUUCAUCCUCGGUCAUUCUCAAUAACACGUCGUCUCCGC